UAAUAUAAUUUCAUCCAAAUAUAUCAGAAAAUUUAGUACCAGUUUACUCUGUAUCCCAAAAAAACUAGUAACUGAAAAAAUCUCAGGCAAUGCAGAAAACUCUCAUUUCUUCCUUCUGCUUCAUCUUGCUGGCUUUCUCCCCCAGAGUCCUUACAGAAAAACCCAAUUGUGGGAGACAUGGUCCAGCUAUCAAAUUCCCUUUCAGCUUCAAAGAUAGCCACCCCGAAAAUUCUGGGUAUCCCGGGUUUCUUGUGUCCUGCAAUGAAAAGCAGGAAACCAUUCUUGAGCUGCCGAUCCCCGUCAAAUUUGCUAUAAAAAAAAUAGACUAUAAGGCUCAGACAAUCCAGCUAUAUGACCCAGAAGAUUGCUUGCUGAUGAAGCUAUUGCAAGUCCACAACAUGUCAAUCUCUCCCUUCCACUACUCAGAAGACCAAAUGGAUGACAUUACCUUGUUCAAUUGUUCUUCAGCUGGAAGGGAAUUGCCGUUCUGGUCGAUUUAUCCAGUGUCCUGCUUUAGAGGCCUUGCUUACCAGAUCUACUAUGUUUCUUCUUCCUCUGAAAUUGAGUACUUGCCCCUCUUGUCUUGUACAAAGAUGCGUAGUCUUUCAUCAGUUCCAUACACGUCGCGUACAACUCCGAGUCUUUCUUUGGAAUGGUAUGAACCAAAUUGUGGACCAUGUGAAGGAAAGGGCAAGAUAUGUGGAUUGAAGAACAAUGGCACCACUAGUACUGAAAUUGAAUGCCUUCCCAGGAAGAAAGAAGGUUCGAAAACAAAGCUAGUAGCUACUGGUGCAUCCUUGGGUUCAUUUUUACUUGUGCUACUUGCUGGGGCAGCUUAUCAUGUUUAUAGUUCCGACAGAAAGGAAAAACAGAAUCAAUUAAAAAUUGAAAGAUUUUUAGGGGAUUACAGAGCCCUCAAACCAAGCAGAUACUCUUAUGCAGAUAUCAAGAGGAUUACAGAUCAGUUCAAGGACAAAUUAGGUCAAGGAGCCUAUGGAACUGUUUAUAAGGGAAAGCUUUCUUCUGAAUGUUUUGUUGCUGUGAAAGUCCUUAAUAAUACUAAGGGGGAUGGGGAAGAGUUUGUUAAUGAAGUGGGAACAAUGGGUCAUAUCCACCAUGUCAAUGUGGUUCGCUUGGUAGGAUUUUGCGCUGAUGGGUUUAGACGAGCUCUUGUUUAUGACUUCUUACCUAAUGGUUCACUGCAAGAUUUUAUUUCAACAGCAGACAAUAACAACGCUUUCCUUGGUUGGGAUAAGUUGCAAGAUAUUGCUCUAGGCAUAGCGAAAGGAAUUGAAUAUUUGCACCAAGGAUGCGAUCAACGAAUCCUCCAUUUUGACAUCAAACCCCACAAUGUGUUGCUUGACCAUAACUUCACCCCAAAGAUUUCUGAUUUUGGUUUGGCCAAGUUAUGUUCCAAGGAUCAGAGUAUAGUUUCCAUGACUACAGCUAGGGGAACAAUGGGGUACAUUGCACCUGAAGUAUUCUCCAGAAACUUUGGAAAUGUGUCCUACAAGUCAGAUGUGUAUAGUUAUGGCAUGGUAUUGCUGGAGAUGGUGGGAGGGAGAAAGAACAUGAGUUCAACCACAGAGGACACAACUGAAGUGUACUACCCAGAAUGGAUCUAUAAUCUACUAGAAGAAGGCGAAGACCUUCGGAUCCAUGUUGGGGAAGAAGGAGAUGCUAAAAUAGCAAAGAGACUUGCUAUUGUAGGUCUCUGGUGCAUCCAAUGGCACCCGGUGGAUCGUCCUUCUAUGAAAGGUGUGGUUCAGAUGUUAGAAGGAGGAGAAACCUUAACUAUGCCUCCCAAUCCCUUUGCCUCUCAAGGUUCUACAGGGAGUGCAAAUACACCUGCCAGAAGAUUAAACCUUCAACUGGAAGCAAUUGCUGAGUUAGAGUGAUGUAAUUGUGUAUAAUAUAUUAAUAUUCAUACUUUAUGGGCAUUUAUUCACGUAGAUGUAACAAAAAUAGUUAUGAAGUAAGUGAAUUCAUGGUUGAUGUAAAUCAUGUAACUAUCUUGCCUAUAAGUAAUAGAACAGUUAAUCUUACUUUGAGUA